AUGGAAAAAAAAUCCUGUUGUUUUUCCCUACUCAGUGGCGGCACUAAGAGAAAACUGUCUCUGGGCAUCUCCCUGAUCGGCAACCCAGCGUUGAUUAUGCUGGAUGAGCCGACAGCUGGGAUGGACCCCAUUUCAAGACGGACUGUCUGGGAGGUCCUCAAUUUGAUUAGAAAAACUGGUCGAACCCUCAUCCUCACGUCACACAGGUAA